GAGCUCAUUUUAACCGACUGAACGACUAUCCAGCUCGGAGCUGUCACGCCGCUCGGGUUUAUUUUCUUCGUCUCUUGGGCUGCAUGUGAAGUGCCGCGCGCAGGCUAGUGCUAACGGCAGCUCGCACUGGGGCGCUAACGGUCGCCGCUCGCUCAACUAUCGCUCAUGGUGCACGUCCACGGGCGGAGGACGCUACCGGGCGUGUAAUCGCAGUCAGACUGUAGUUUAUGUACGUUUCGGGGGGUUUAAAAGAGGAGGUUUGUGUUUAAUCCUCCGUUAGAUCGACGCUCGAUUUGAGGCCUGAUCACGUCAGACUCCGGUCUGUUAGCAGCGGACUCACGCGCAGCGCUACAUCCACCGACAUCACGGAGCAAUAACAAAGAGGAUGCCAGCUCCGAUCAGACUGCGGGAGCUGAUCCGGACAAUCCGGACGGCUCGGACCCAGGCCGAGGAGCGAGAGAUGAUCCAGAAAGAGUGUGCUGCCAUUAGGUCAUCCUUUAGAGAGGAGGACAACACAUACCGCUGUAGAAAUGUGGCUAAGCUGCUUUAUAUGCACAUGUUGGGCUACCCGGCACACUUUGGCCAGUUGGAGUGCCUGAAGCUGAUUGCAUCACAGAAAUUCACGGACAAACGGAUAGGAUACCUGGGAGCCAUGCUGCUCCUGGACGAGAGGCAGGAUGUCCAUCUAUUAAUGACGAAUUGCAUCAAGAAUGACUUGAACCACAGUACACAGUAUGUGCAGGGACUGUCCUUGUGCACCCUGGGCUGCAUGGGCUCAUCUGAAAUGUGCCGUGACUUAGCUGGAGAAGUGGAGAAACUCCUCAAAACAUCAAACUCCUAUCUGAGGAAAAAGGCAGCUCUGUGUGCGGUUCACGUCAUCCGCAAAGUCCCGGAGCUGAUGGAGAUGUUCCUGCCAGCAACAAAAAACCUGCUCAGCGAGAAAAAUCAUGGAGUUCUCCACACAUCUGUUGUCCUGCUCACUGAAAUGUGUGAGCGAAGUCCUGACAUGCUUUCUCACUUCAGGAAGCUGGUUCCACAACUUGUACGAAUCCUGAAGAACCUGAUCAUGUCAGGAUACUCCCCUGAGCACGAUGUGUCUGGCAUCAGUGACCCUUUCCUGCAGGUGCGGAUAUUGAGGCUGCUGAGAAUUCUGGGAAAGGGUGAUGAUGAUUCUAGUGAAGCUAUGAAUGACAUUCUUGCACAGGUUGCAACAAACACAGAGACCAGUAAAAAUGUAGGCAAUGCUAUCCUCUAUGAAACAGUUCUUACGAUUAUGGACAUCAAAUCAGAGAGUGGACUUAGGGUUUUAGCAAUUAACAUUUUGGGACGUUUUCUUCUCAACAAUGACAAAAACAUCAGAUAUGUGGCAUUGACCUCUCUACUGAAGACCGUGCAGACAGACCACAAUGCUGUGCAGAGACAUCGAAGCACUAUCGUGGACUGCUUGAAAGACCUUGAUGUGUCCAUUAAAAGGCGUGCGAUGGAGCUGAGCUUUGCCCUGGUUAACGGCAACAACAUCCGGGGCAUGAUGAAAGAGCUUCUGUAUUUCCUGGACUCCUGUGACCCUGACUUCAAAGCGGACUGCGCAUCAGGGAUCUUCCUGGCUGCUGAGAAGUAUGCGCCCUCCAAAAGAUGGCACAUAGACACCAUUAUGAGGGUUUUGACAACGGCAGGGAGUUAUGUCCGGGAUGACUCUGUGCCCAACCUGAUCCAGCUCAUCACAAAUAGUGUAGAGAUGCAUGCCUACACUGUACAGAGACUCUACAAAGCCCUCCUGGAUGACAUCUCUCAGCAACCUCUAGUACAGGUGGCAUCCUGGUGCAUAGGAGAGUACGGAGACCUUUUGGUAUCAGGCCAGUGUGAGGAGGAGGAACCCAUUCAGGUUUCUGAAGAUGAGGUCCUGGAUGUUUUAGAAGGUCUCCUCGUUUCUAACUUGUCCACCCCUGUAACGAGAGCUUAUUCCCUGACCGCUAUCAUGAAGCUGUCCACCCGCUUCAGCAGCGUGAAUCGAAUCAAAAAAGUGGUGUCGAUAUACGGCAGCAGCAUAGAUGUGGAGCUGCAGCAGAGAGCUGUGGAAUAUAACGCACUUUUCAAAAAAUAUGAUCACAUGAGACCUGCAUUACUAGAACGAAUGCCUAUUAUGGAGAAAACUGCUAGUAACGGCCCAGCAGAUAUUGUCCAGACCAAUGGAGAAACCGAUUCAACCAUACUGGACACAAAACAUCUGCCCAACAUCACUCAACCAGCCAAUCAGGCGAAUGAUUUAUUAGACCUACUUGGAGGUAAUGAUGUGGUACCUGUUAUCCAAACAACUGUUCCCACAAAGCCUGCGUCAGCUGGAGGAGAACUGCUGGAUCUGCUGGGAGACCUUUCUCUGACGGGUGGUCCGACCCCGACCCCUGCUCCCUCUGUGCCCAUGUCCCAGCCCUCUUUCCUUUUAGACGGUCUCACUUCACAACCCCUCUUCAAUGACAUUGCAGCGGUCAUUCCGCCAAUGACGGCGUACAACAAAAAUGGUCUAAAAAUUGAGUUCACAUUUGAGAGGUCCAACCCCAAUCCCAAUAUUGCAGUUAUCACCAUCCACGCCACCAACUCCACCGAGGCUGACAUGACCGAGUUUGUGUUCCAGGCUGCAGUACCAAAGACAUUCCAGCUGCAGCUUCUGUCCCCCAGCAGUAAUGUAGUUCCAGCCCUCAACCAGGGAAGUGUCACGCAGGUCAUCAGGGUUCUCAACCCACAGAAGCAACAGUUACGAAUGCGGAUCAAGCUGACAUACACUCACAAAGGCUCUCCUGUACAAGACCUGGCCGAGGUCAACAAUUUCCCCCCUCAGUCCUGGCAGUGAUCUGCUGCUACCCUUCUGAAUCUUAAAGACCCCCAGCAAGGGAACUAUGGGAAAGAUGUCCCCUCCCCAUUCCCAAACGAUCCCCCGUGACAUCACCACAGACGCUGCCCUGGGGUUGAAUGGGAAGCAGUGGAAUCUUUCUGACACAGUCAAGAGUUGAUGGUUUGAAAACUGAUGAUGAUGAAGACAAUUACAGCGGCAGAGAAAAUCACAAAUAUCUCAGUACAUAUCUUUUCAUUUGUUUCUUCGCCGGUCUGUCUUUCUCUCUGCUUCGGGGUUGGUGCAAAAUGUCCAUACUCGCACUUAACGUUGUGCACUUCACUUAAUCUGUCUCUGUAGUGCACACUCUCUGACUCACCCUGCCGCCCAGGGCCCUUACAUGGGGAAACAUCACUUGUGGCCACUAUACGAAAGAGCUGUUUGUUUGAUUUGUCUGUCUUGUUUGAUUUUUUUUCAUGUUUUUAAUGGGUUUGGUGUAUUUUAAGAAAAAUAAAAAAAACAUACUGAGUUAAUUGCAAAAGUCUGAACAUUUGCACCUUAACCAUUUCAGAAUCAAGAGGAAAAUGGGUUGUUAUGGCGCCUUAAAUCAUCGUUGUACAUGGCAUUUCUUAAUUUUCGUGUAAGGUUGAUCUAAUGUCCUGUAAUAAAGUAUAUCAGAUGAAUUCUCAGAUACAAGCGAUGUUGUGGCUGCACUGUAUUUCACAUGAAAGCGUUGCAGCUCAUUGUCUGUCAGCAGUAAUAUACACACUGUCAGAUCUGUCAAGAAGUGCUUGACUUGCAUCACAUGAAUUGGCAAGUUCAUACAGCUCAUACCUUGAUUUCUUAUUUCUAAGCAGGGCAUUGACAAUGAAACUGGAGGAUACUGAGAGAGAGGCUGUUGCUUGUUACUGUAUGCACAGUUUACAUCAACCAGUGGUUUUGCAUCAUCAAAGCUGUACACUUUUCCCCAAAAACCCUUAAUUUGGCAUAUAGUUAUUUUGUUUGCCUCUACUUAUCACAGAUGGUGUGUUCUUGUAUUGUAUCUUCAAAUACAUUUAUAUAGAUUGAAAAUAGCCUACACUAAAGAAGUGAGAUUUUUAGAUUGAGAUCUAUUAAAAAUGUAAAGUAGUCGAAGAACUUGAUCUUAAAAUUCAAAUUGAUUUCUCACUAAAUUAACAAAACUAGAUACAUACGUUAUGCUCAGCGUAGAUGCUGUAAAUAUAGACUAUGAAUAUAAGGCCUUCAUGAAUGUAGUUAUAUGCACUGAAUGGACUGUUUUUCUUUUGUUUGACUCUCUGCAGUGAUUUGAAGUACAGAAAUAUUGCCCGAUUUAAAGCAAUGUGCCUUUGUCAUAACCGGUUGAAAGGAAAACCCAGGAAGAGCAAGAACAUGACGUCUGGAGAGUAGAGGACCUUUUUGUUUUGCUGUCGUUUCACUCGAGUUCUUGUUCAGAGGGCGUCUUAAGUCGAGUGUCGGCGUGUUUUCGUGUCUCUUCCAAAGGCAGUUAGCAACAUUAACCUGAAUAUACCUCACAUUGUCUUCGUGUUUUGUCAUUGUCGAGUCGGAAGAGCACUAUGACGGUUUCAUCAAGUCACGUCAUCUCUCGCUGCUCUACGUUUUCUUUGCGUAAUUACAUUCGCUAUGCCACACUAAAGUCUGGUGACCAAAUCAAGAGAUGUUCUUUGGGCUUGGGAAAUAUUUUUAGUGAUGGUAUGUAUCUUAUCUUACGUAUCGUAUGUAAGACUUUUCAUUUUAUUAGCCUCUUUGUGUUUUGUUGCGAUUCUUUCGAUUUCUUGGCUCUUUGUGUACAUACUGAGGGCUUUUAAGAUGCAUCAGUGGUUUCUUUUCAUCCCUUGUUAAGAUCCCGUUUUCUAAGACCUUCUUCAAGUGUGUAUAAUGUUUGAAGCUGUCCCUCAGAAGGUAGUCUAAUUUAUCAACUUAUGUUUAUUGGAAAGAAAAUGUACUAUGUGCUGCCUGUUUAUUGUAUAUAAUUGUAAAACGCAUCAAAAAGAUCAAAUCAAAUAAAAACUCCAUUUGAAGA